UUAGGGUUUUUGGCUCCUGCUAUUUAUUUCUCCACCUGUACUUUCCUGCUCUCUUCUCUGUUUUUCUAUCACAUUCUUUCCGAGAAUUCUAUUUCCAAAAACGAAAAAUCAUGGGCAAGGGUCCAGGUCUCUACACUGACAUCGGCAAGAAAGCCAGAGAUCUUCUUUACAAGGAUUAUCAGACUGACCAAAAGUUCACUCUGACCACCUUCUCUCCAACUGGAGUUGCAAUUACCUCUGCUGGAACAAAGAAAGGUGAUCUCUUUGUGGCUGAUGUUAACACCCAGCUGAAGAAUAGGAAUGUCACAACUGAUAUCAAAGUGGACACUAGCUCCAAUCUCUUUACCACCAUAACAGUUGAUGAACCUGCACCCGGUCUGAAGACAAUCUUUAGCUUCAGAGUCCCUGAUCAGAGGUCUGGCAAGGUGGAACUCCAGUAUUUGCAUGACUAUGCUGGGAUAAGCUCAAGCAUUGGAUUGACUGCAAAUCCAAUAGUUAACUUCUCAGGUGUUUUUGGAACUAAUGUUCUUGCACUUGGUACGGAUCUCUCAUUUGACACGAAGACUGGGAACUUCACCAAAUGCAAUGCUGCAUUGAGCUUCUCCAAUGUAGAUCUCAUUGCUUCAGUGGCUCUGAAUGAAAAGGGUGACUCUCUUAAUGCAUCCUACUAUCAUAUAGUGAAUCCCUUCACUAACACUGCCGUUGGUGCUGAGGUGACCCAUUGCUUCUCAACUAAUGAGAAUACCAUCACAGUUGGGACACAACAUGCAUUGGAUCCAUUGACCAUGGUUAAGGCACGGGUGAACAAUGCUGGUAAGGCAAGUGCUCUCAUCCAGCACGAGUGGCGCCCUAGAUCUCUCUUUACCGUUUCUGGAGAGGUAGAUACCAAGUCCAUUGACAAGAGUGCCAAGGUUGGACUUGCUUUGGCACUGAAGCCUUGAGCUUUAUAGCUCAUUUUGGAAGAGCAUGGUAGGCUUAGAAUUUUGCAGUGUAGUCUGUUCAGACUGACUUUCAUGGUGUUGCCAUCUACUCUUCAUGUCAGUGGAUUUUCGUUGUAAAAAUAAAAAAGAAAAAGAAAUAGAGGUGGCAUAGUGGUUUAAACUAUGUGGUUACUUUUUUAA